GCCCCUAAAGGGGCGGGGUAUGGAAAAAAAUACGAAUGUAGCCGAUAGCAAAUAAGUCUGGCAAGCAAGUAGGAUUCUUCUUACUAUUCUAAUUGUCCUCGGUUUUUCGGGUCAAGAACCACCAAACAGCGAUCCCGGUAGUGGACAACAGAGGAAAUCUGCCUGCUAUCCCCUUUGCAUCCACUAACUAAGUCAUCAUGUCAGCUCCAGGUUACCCAUCCCCUCACCAGGGUCCUGGAAGUUACUCCAUGGCCCCUUACCCUGUUUCUCAGGGGGGGUAUGGUGACCCUAACCAAGCUCCCCCACCGGUUGGCUUCCAUAUGGGCUAUGACCACCAACAACCCCAGCCAGGCCAACCUGUGAUGUUCCAGCCUGGACCAGUAGGGCAGGGACCAGGUCCCAUGCCCAUGCCUGAAUACGGUGCACCUCAGAUGGGUCCUAGCCCAGGCUAUGGUGGUCCCAUGCCCGGGCCCAAAUACGGUGCACCUAACUUGGGCCCUCCUGCAGCCAUCUCCCCAGCCCCUGCAGGAGUUGUGCCAGUCGGCGUUCCACCUGGUCUGGAGUACCUAACACAGAUUGACCAGAUCCUUAUACACCAAAAAGUGGAGUUGCUGGAAGCGUUCAUCGGCUUUGAGACCAACAACCAGUACGAGAUCAAGAACAGCCUGGGUCAGAAGAUCUACAUGGCCAAAGAGAAGAACGACUGCUGCACGCGCAACUGCUGCGGCGCCCUGCGCAGCUUCGACAUGAAGAUCAAGGACAACAUGGACAGUGAGGUCAUCCGCCUCAUACGACCCUUCCGCUGUGCCUCUUGCUGGUGCCCCUGCUGCCUGCAGGAGCUCGAGGUCCAAGCCCCGCCUGGCACCACCAUAGGCUAUGUGUCCCAGGACUGGAACCCCUGUGUGCCCAAGUUCUCCAUCAAAGGGGCCAACAAGGAGACCGUGAUGAAGCUGGAGGGACCCUGCUUUGCCUGCAACUGCUGCGGGGACGUCAACUUUGAGCUGACGGGGAAAGAUGGAGGCAAGCCCAUCGGCCGCAUCAGUAAGCAGUGGAGUGGCCUGUUAAAGGAGGUCUUCACCGACACCGACAACUUUGGCAUCCAGUUCCCCCUGGACAUGGACGUCAAGAUGAAGGCCGUGCUCAUGGGCGCCUGCUUCCUCAUUGAUUUCAUGUUCUUCGAGAAGGUUGGUGACGUGAACCAGCGCAACACUGUCUUCUCGUAACAUAGGAAAAAGGAGGAAAAGAAAGACAGAGCGCUUGAGUCAAUGCACUCUGUUUUUUAGUUCCUGUUCGGAAACCCACUUUUCUUUUCAGAUUCCGGAUGAAACUCCUUCCUUAUUCCAAAGCUUAGAGGAGCUGCCAUUCUAUGCCAGCCCCAGAGCUCUUUGUGUGAAACACAACAUGAGACCUUAUCUGAUGAGCUUUCCUUUGCGCCAAAAUGGCCUCUCUGGACUGUUUCUGUUUCUCCGUCCAAAUGUAAGAAUCAGCAACUGUUCUUUUUGGUUCAUAUCUAUGUUUUCUCUUUGUUUUCUUUAAUUUAUUUCUUUAUCUAUAUACUGUACAUGUGGGUUUCAGUACAGUAUGGAUGAGAAAGUACCAGUUUUAUAUCAACCUACAUUUACAUAUUCUUAACAAAGGAUCCAUUCCAGUUUAUUUUUGGGUGACAACCAAGUCAACCAUUUUCGAAUACCAUACAGUUUAAGUAGAAAUAUUAGAUUCUACAUUUUGCGAUUUCUGUUUUGUCCAUAUGCAUUGAUAUAUUUAGCAUCAACAUGUCAUUCAUAAGCCAAAUGUAUAUGUCAAUACUGAACCAGCCAUCAAAUUAUUACUGUAGUGAUCUAGGUAAUUUCAUGAUUAGUCUAGUACAGGGUUUCCCAAACUCAGGGGGCCUGGGUGCACAUUUUGGUUUUUGUCCUAGCACUACACAGCUGAUUCA